AUGAAAGUAAUCAUCGCCCUUUGUGUUCUCUUUGUUGGUGCCUAUUGUGUACCUGUACUUGAUGAUCAACUCAAUGAUGAAUGGAAUUUAUUUAAACGUGUUCAUGAAAAACAAUACAAUUCAGUCGAAGAAGAAACUACUCGCCGAGCUAUUUGGGAAGCUAACCUUGCUAAAAUUCGAAAACAUAAUCUUGAAGCUGAUUUAGAUAUUCACACAUACACUUUAGGAAUGAAUCGAUUCGGUGAUAUGACUCAUGAAGAAUUCAAAACACAAAUGAAUGGAUUCAGAAUGUCAGCUAAAACUCAAACAGAUGAAUAUGAUCGUCACACAUUCUUAGCUCCAUCAAACGUUGUUAUUCCAGCUGCUGUCGAUUGGCGUAAACAAGGAUACGUAACACCAAUCAAAGAUCAAGGACAAUGUGGCUCAUGUUGGGCUUUUUCAGCUACUGGCUCACUUGAAGGACAACACUUUGCUAAAACAAAAAAAUUAGUUUCACUUUCUGAACAAAACUUAGUUGACUGUUCAGAUAAAUUCGGUAACAUGGGUUGUGACGGUGGUUUGAUGGAUCAAGCUUUUCAAUAUAUCAAAGCUAACAAAGGUAUUGAUACUGAAGUAAGUUAUCCAUACGAAGCUCGUGAUGGUAAAUGCCGAUUCAAAAAAGAAAAUACUGGUGCUACUGAUACCGGUUUUGUUGAUAUCAAAUCAACAAACGAAAGUGCUCUUCAAAUUGCUAUUGCUACAGUUGGUCCAAUUUCAAUUGGUAUUGAUGCUUCACAAGAUUCAUUUCAAUUCUAUAGUUCAGGAGUUUACAAUGAACCAGAUUGUUCAUCAACAGAUCUUGAUCAUGGUGUCUUAGCUGUUGGUUACGACAAAGCUGGUAAACAAGAAUAUUAUAUCGUCAAGAACUCCUGGGGAACAUCAUGGGGUCAAGAAGGUUACAUCUGGAUGAGUCGUAACAAGAAGAAUCAAUGUGGUAUUGCUACGGCUGCUAGUUAUCCUCUUGUUUAA